AUGGAGUCUUUGGUGACCCACAUAUUGGAGGAGUACGGAGACCUACAUCGCUCACUACUCCAGUUCCUAAUGGCUGUGAAAAGUGUAGAAUUCGAAGUAUUGCACACCAUUUUUGUGAAGCUUGUCAUACAGUGUUUGCUUGAGAAGAAUCAUCCUGAACCAUCAAACUCAGAUCAAGAGAGGUAUUUACGCGAAUUGCUCGAGCAGACCCGACCUGAGCUACCAACGCUUACUUCUGAAAGUUUAGUCAAAACUCUUGCACUAAUCAACCGAGAACUCGCGGCGCUUGAUCUCGAAAUAGUCGAGACCCUGGCCCAAGAUAACGAAAAAAACAUCAAUGUCAGCUUUGUGAACACCAAAUCGUCGCCGUCUAUUAAGUUGUCUACGAGCUACACGGAAAAAGAGAUUAGUGUGAUCAAUCAGCUGAUCGAUCAAAUGUUCGAAAGCCCAUUAGACGAUGAGGAUAAUUUAACAUAUUCUCUUUCUUACACACAAGCACUCAAUGUUGCGAAACGAAACAUCCAAACUAUUACCGACGCGCAAAAAUUCAUCAACAAAUUGGAAUCCUCAGGAUGGCUCGAAACUGCGAAAGGAAAAUACACUCUCAGCGCGCGUGCUCUUGCUGAGCUGAAGUCAUAUCUAAUUGCCAAAUUCGAGAUCAAGUCGGCUGAGAACCCAGAUGGAGCAGUGUCAUGGUGUCAUGGCUGUAACGAGAUCAUAACAAUGGGGUAUCGGUACCUGCCCCGCUGA